AUGGCGAUCGCCAUGGGCUGGCACAAACCCAAGAAUGUCGCCGGCUCGUCAGCGCCUGCCAUCAUGGUCGGCCUGUUUGUCGCUUCCGGCGGCUUGCUCUUUGGUUACGAUACUGGCGCCAUCAACGGCAUUCUGGCCAUGGAUGCCUUUCUGAAACAAUUUACUACUGGAUUUGUCGAUGACUCUGGUUCGCCUGCCUUUAUACCCGCGCAGACUGCCAUCAUAGUUGCCAUCCUCAGCGCUGGAACUGCUUUGGGCGCAUUAUUGGGCGCGCCCUCUGCUGAUUAUAUCGGUCGUCGCUGGUCACUACUUGUCUCGGUCGGCGUCUUCUGCUUCGGCGUCAUAUUUCAAGUCUGCGCCGAUGCCAUUCCAAUGCUGUUGGUUGGUCGGUUUUUUGCUGGUGUAGGCGUUGGCGCAGUAUCCCUCCUGGUCCCCUUGUAUCAGUCCGAGAUGGCCCCCAAGUGGAUUCGCGGUACUCUUGUCUGUGCCUACCAGCUUUCCAUUACUCUCGGUCUUUUAAUCGCGUCUGCGGUCAACAUUGCUGUCAAGGACAUGACUGGCGCCGCAGCAUAUCGGAUUCCCAUUGGCCUCCAGUUUGCUCCGGCGUGCGUCCUGGCUCUCGGAAUUGUCCUUUUACCCGAGACGCCACGGUACCUCAUCAAAAAGGGACGCAAAGAUGACGCUGCUCUGUCACUGAGCCGCCUACGACGUCUAGACAUAACGCACCCUGCACUAGUGGAUGAGUUGCACGAAAUCGAAGCCAAUCACCAAUACGAAUUGAGUCUCGGGCCUCCUUCGUGGAACGAUUUUCUGAUCGGAGCGCCUCAUCUCGGCCGUCGCACCUUGACUGGAUGCGCUCUACAAAUGCUACAACAACUCAGCGGUAUCAACUUUAUCAUGUACUACGGGACCACCUUCUUCCACGGCGCAAAGGUCGACAGUCCUUUCCUAAUAUCAAUUAUUACCAAUGUCAUCAACGUCUUUUCGACAUUACCAGGUCUGUUCGUGGUUGAGUCCUGGGGCCGCCGGAAACUGCUCAUGACGGGCGCGGCGGGCAUGUCUAUAUGCCAGCUGGUGAUUGCUAUUACUGCGAGUGUGGUCAACAAUGCCGAGACACGAGCUUACAGCACCGUCUUGAUCGUAUUUGUCUGCCUUUUCAUCUUCUUCUAUGCUGCCUCAUGGGGUCCGGUAUGCUGGGUAGUCACUGCCGAGAUAUAUCCCUUGAAGAUUCGAGCCAAGGCCAUGUCUUUUUCGACGGCAUCCAACUGGCUUCUCAACUUUGGUAUUGCCUAUGGCACUCCAUUCAUGUAUUCAACCGGCGCCGGUGCGGCUGAUAUGGGCUCCAAGGUGUUUUACGUCUGGGGAGCCUUUUGCAUUCUUUCUUGGAUAUUCGUGUACUGCAUGGUAUACGAGACGAGCAAGAUCAGUCUGGAACAAAUCGAUGAAAUGUAUGAGCGCGUGGAUCACGCAUGGAACAGUCACAAGUUUGAGCCCAGCUGGAGUUUCCAACAGCUGCGAGACGAGGGCUUUGCAGACAGUGGAAUUCCACCUGCACACCACGAAUUACAACCAUCUGUUACUGGCUCCAGCGCCACCGACAGCAUAGAAACAAUUCACACCGAUCCAGGGACUGGCGACAAUCGAACAGAAGAGGACAAAAUGAUACAGCAAAUGGGGCUGAGCAAUGUCGAAUUCAGUUACUGA